GUUGCGGCAGUCGCAGUUACCUGAGCAAAGCCGCUACCCAGAACCACUUUCGUGUCGACGUAAGCCGUCUAAAAUCCCCGUUAGGCGCAAAUAUUUAGGUGUUCCUUAAAAGGGUGCUAAACACCCUCCAUAAUCGUUUUCUUUUUAAAAGGUUUUCGUGCGCCUUUGGUGUCCUACGGUACGGCCAGAUUUAACCUCGCGCGACUCCUUCGGUGUAAUUUUCUCGAAGAAUUCAAGGUGUGUUGUAUAGUUGAACUGGAAUUUCUCGAGUAACUGUCUGGGUUGUGCUAAACGUGGAAACGUGCUUUAGUUCGUCAUUUUUUUUGGCUUUUGGUGGUUUUUAAGGAUUACAGAUUGAAUUUAGAAGUUCUUGCAUUCAACAUGCCAGUACCGCACCGUUCGCCGGUACCGAAUUCCGUCGUAGCCACGUGACCUAAUCGCAAAAGAAUCCGGCCGUAAAAACCGUCCGAAGAAAAAGGAAUCCGGCCAUAAAUUAUUAUCGGAGAGCUUUUGUAUAUCGCAACAAAAGUCGUUCUACCUGCCAAAAUGACCGAGUCGACCCCCAUCUGCAGGUGUCGCGUCCUUUAUUUGGGUUCCAGCGUGCCUCACCAGACCAAGGACGGCCUUCAAGGCAUUCAGGAACCUUUACAGGAAUUAUACCCUGAUCAGGGUGCCACAGGAGCCAAAGGUAUCGACAGCUGGUUAAGCGUCUGGUCCAACGGAAUCCUCCUAGAAAACGUCGACGAAAACCACAAAAAAAUCACCAGAUUUUUUCCCAUAGAAAGUUUACACUACUGCGCAGCUGUGAGAUAUGUUCUAGUCCCAGAAAAAAAUACCCUUCAUGCACCUUCACCAAAAUUUCUGCCGUUGGACUCGCCGUUUGCCAGGACGCCCAAUCCCACUCAUCCGCCACUUUUCGCUGCUAUUUUAAGGCGAACCACUGGGAUCAAGGUGCUGGAAUGUCACGCGUUCAUUUGUAAACGGGAGGUGGCUGCUAACGCUUUGGUUCGUUGCUGUUUUCACGCCUACGCAGAUUCCAGUUAUGCAAAGCAAGUAGACACAGCCGGAAGUAUCUACGGUACCUUGGCUUCUGAAAGACUUACCAGUAAAGAUAAGAUUGAUGAAUGGAAGAUGAGUAGAUCCCAAUCAGGCUCCACCAUGACCAUCAACACCAUAGGCAAUGGCAAAGAUGAUGUAAGCAUAUACAACGGAGACGAAAAUCAUAAGGUUUGGGCUGGCAGCCAAGAUAACCUGGACGGAAUUUACGAUCUCUACUCGCCGUCGACUUUAAGCAGACCGUCGAGGCCCAGACAAGUGGCGCAGCCCGUUGCAGUGCCUCCGCCUCCAGCUAAAGAAAAGAAGAAGAAGAAUAAAGUGCAGUCCAAGUCUCUGGCUGGUUCCCGGGAGGAUUUGUAUCAUCCGCUUAUGAAUGGAAAGGCAAAUAGUGUCUCAGGCACUCUAAUGAAGCCACGUCAGCACAGCAUGCCGCCGCAACUAGGCAUGCCCCCAGGACCGCCACAACCCAUUUACAUAGUGGGUCCGCCCCCACCUGGACCUUUUCAUCAAGGCACAUUACCGAAUCCGAAAUUUUUCAAACACCACGGCAACACGUUCUCGCACCGCCCCCGGGGCAAAAUGCUGAUUCCCGCACGGCCGAUACCGCCCCCGAUGGUACCGAUGAUCAUUCCCGCACCGACCACAUUAAAAAAUAAGAAGAAACAGAAGCAGAUGCACAUGGAGGAGCCGAUUUAUAUGCCGAGUAACAGGGCGAUGAGCCCCGUGGCUAGUUAUCAGCCGGUUAAUUUUCCGCACGAGGCCUAUUUGAUGCAACAGUAUGCUACGAUGGAAAGUCAGGGUAAACAAAGAAGAAGUCGAGAAAAAUCUAUGGAAAAACAAGGAAAACUUAACAAAAAAUUCGCGCAAAGCAUGAAUGGACUGGACGACCCGAAUUUGUUACGUGACGAUGAAAGUCCUUUCAAUACAGGAAUUUAUAGGAAACAAGGGCAUCUUAACGAAAGAGCAUUUUCUUAUUCCAUUAGGCAGGAGCACCGAAGCCGGAGCUACGGCAGUUUGGCUAAUUUAAAAUUCGCGACUCCGAUACCGAACGGAGUCCAUGACGACGAUGUACGUGAGGACAUAAAAAAAGAGCGAGAAAUAAUGCAAAUGGUCCAGGAUCUGGAUUUGUCUGGAGACGAGCUGGAACGUUCAGAGGUUCCCAGAGGAAUGUACGAUCCGAGAGGGAUGGCUCCAGGGCCUGGUCCCGUUAUUAUGACGGGAGCACAGAUAAAUGGUAGAGGACAUAGACGAUAAAAAUACUGUUUGGCUCAUAAAUGUUGACAAAUGAUGCUCAAGACACAUUACUGUAAAACCAGAUGUUAUAAAUUUGGUUAUCCGACCAAACUAUGCUGGCAUUGUACUAUAAGAUAAAAAAAAUAUUUACAUUUUUUAAUUUAUAUACAUAUUUACAAUAAAUUUAUUUAUUAUUAUAGCCUCUUGUUUUAAAAUGUAUAUUUCGAGUUAAUAUUUAAUAAUACAUACUUUAUAUUUUAAAUAAAUUAACGAAAGUUUAUAGAAUAAUAUAUUAGAAGAAAAUAUCUUUAAGUGCCAUUUAUAGGUUUCUAACAAAAUUGUGUUGUUUUAGGGACGUUUGGGAUUUCUCGUUUUAUUCCGCAAAUAAUUGUUGUAUAUAAAUUCUUUUUUAUGUAUAAGAUGAAUAAAUAUAGUUAAAUUAAUUAAA